GCGCGCCAGAAGCAAUAGUAACGAUUCGAACGCUCGCAACUUCAAAACUCUCGCUCAUAUCUACUGCAAGAGGAAAAGGCAGAAGUGCGCCUGAAAACAACAGGUUCUUUUAUAUACGAAUUCCUUAGUUGGCAACAAAGAAGCGACAAAAAUGAAAUAUUUUCUUAAACCACUGGUUGUCACCGUGCUUCUCCUUUGCUACGUUUUCGUGGCAGACGCUUAUCUAAUGCAUGCAGACAGUUCUCUGGACAGCUAUCAGGAGCCAGCUUACUAUGAAAAUUUUGCCAGAUACCUCAUGUCCACAAAGAAAAGGAGCUGCAUUCGCCGGGGUAGUAGCUGCGACCACAGGCCCAGCGACUGUUGCUUCAAUUCUUCGUGUCGAUGCAACUUAUGGGGUACAAACUGCAGAUGCCAAAGGGUUGGUCUCUUCCAGAAGUGGGGAAAGUGAAGAAAAUACUUCGAUUGGUGUUGUGUGUGGCUCUUCCGAAAUAUGGACCUUCUAAAAGCAUCCCUGAGUUUUGUACACUACUUAUGUUCUUGGAGAAUAACAGCCUUUACAAUAUGUUCUAGUCAAACCAUCGGAUGAUAUAUGU